AUGGAACGUAUCGGAUAUUUGGUGUUUAUGGUUGGCAAUAUUAUAGCAAUUUUUAAAAUGAGCGCUCCCGAAGAACAACUUGACAUUUUUAGUGUGUGGGAUUAUUUGAGAAGGGAGCCUGCAAUGCUGCAUGUAUUGCAGGAGUACAUCAAUGAAAGAAUGCAGGUCGAAAUUGCCCUGCAAACCCGCUUGGAGGAGGCGGGAAGGAGGAUUGCGGAGUUGGAAGGGCGGAAUGCCCAAGAAAUGGACGAGGAACCGGCAUCUCAGGAGCCGGAAUGGGAUG